GGCCUGAUAAAAGCAGUUCGGACGUCAGACGCUCUGAUAAUAACCUCUGGCCUAAACCUGGGCAUCAUAAAAGCUGUUGGUGAUGCUUUAGAAGAGGGCGAAAUUUAUCAUUGCGAUGGCGGCCUCGAUAGUCGGUUCAAAAAGACGAAAUGCAUCGGAAUCGCGCCUUGGGGCUACGUGCUUCACAGAGAAAAGUUGGUCAACGUGAGUCAGCAUCACUGGCCGUUAACAAUUACAUUUCUCAAACCAUUUUUCCUGUCUAACUUUACGGAAUAA